CGACCUGCCAGCAGCGCUAGCUUCUGGAAAUUGGAAAUUGUGAGAUCGUGUCGAUCCUAACACACAAUUCAACCUUCAAAUCCCAUCCAAAAGCUCAUUAGGAGACUUUCCCACGCACACAGAUCUGCCAUCAAGGUCAUCAGAAGGAUGCAGUACUUUGUGGCUCGACGGAAAUUUCAGCAAGCGAGGAAACCGUACGACGUGCGGGACGUGAUCGAGCAGUAUUCGCAGGGCCACCUGAACAUGACGGUCCGCAUCAAAGAGCUCCAGAGAAGGUUGGAUCACACGUUGGGAAAACCGGGAAUGUUCCUGCCAGAGAAAGGUGUGGAUAAGGAAUAUUAUACAAUGGGAGCCCGGCUCAUCCGACUGGAAGAUAAGGUGCUUCAGAUGGACGUGAAGCUGGAGAACGUCCUGAAGAUCCUGACGGAGCAUUUCCAGCCCAAACCAGAGCUGCUGCAGAAACCCAGCGAGUACAGCUCUCGCGUCACCGUCAUGAAGCGGCUGGGCGUCAGCAUGGACGACAGCCAGUGACCCGCUCGCCCGCAGAACUCGUGCAUUGUGGGAAGCGCGGGCCGAGAGGAAGAACUUGCGUUUCCUGUUUCUGUCUAGGAAGUGAACAGGCGACGAAGAAGACCUGGAUGUCCCUCAGAAUCUCCUCAACUGUCCGUCUCCAGUCAUUCGAUGGGUUUUACGGUCCCCGAGGGACUCGAGCGCUGGUGUUCGGUGUCUGUGGGACCCGUUUCGGACCGUUUUCGCAAACCCAGAACAAAGGUUGAACUCAUAAAUCACAUUUGUACCAUCCAGAGCCCGCAGGAACAUGAACACGUUGAUGUAUGUUUCUAGUAGGGCUUAUCAAAAUAGCAAAACACCCAUGAUAGAUCCUAAUGAAGUGUAAUAGUGCGCUGGCGUUCAGACGAGAGCCAAGAUUCACAACAGCCGAUCUGUCAGCGUUUUUUCCCUCCGUUCGCUUGAAAAUUAAACGACGAAAGACGGAAAAAGCGGUUCAUUUUCAGAAACCGCAGAGCCGUUUUAAGGAAGGAUCUGGCGUGAAUCCGUUCAUCCACCAAACAUGUUCGUCUGUUGGCCGUUUGCCUAGUGCUAGAUUAACAUCGAGGGGUUUUAUAAAGCAAAAAGCCACAGAGUAUGUCACAGUGAUGGGUGUUUUUACUCCUAAAACCAUUGUGAAAUCACUGCAGCUUGGCUUGUUGCUUUAAUGAAAUGCCGAUGACAGCAAUAUGGGGAAAAAAUAUGGAAAUGCUCAAUAAUAGUUGAUAGAGAGCAGAAUAACCAUUUUCAUGUACACUACAAUUCCAAAGCUUGGGGUAAAUGUUUUGAAAGACUUUUUGUGGAAAUUGGAUUAUAUUUUGUUUGCCAGAUUUCUUUGUUUAAACGAACAGCGCUUAUUUGAAAUAUGCAUCUUUGCAACAUUAGAAAACAAUUUGAUUGAUUUAAUACGCCCUUGCUGAAUAAAAAUAUUAAUUUCUUGAAAAAACAAGCGAAUCGU